CCUCUCAAGUAUAAAAUACAACUGCCAAUAGUGAAUCAGUAUCAUUACCUUGCCUGAUUCAGUCGUAGAAAGAAUUUCCAAAAUGAAAGUGUUUCUAGUUUUCUGUAGCUUUUUGAUCGCUUCUGCACUAGGAAGUUUUCUUCAAUACGAUGAUAAAUACAUCAAUCGAGUAGUGGGAGGUCAGGAGGCGAAACCAGGCUCUGCUCCGUACCAAGUAUCGCUGCAAGGACUUUUCGGUCAUUCAUGUGGAGGCGCAAUCAUCGGGGAUCAGUGGGUUCUAACGGCUGCUCAUUGCGUUCAAGGAUCGGUUUCUGGAAUGCAAGUCCUGGUCGGAACAAAUAGUUUGAAGGAAGGUGGCCGCAAGUACAAGCCCUCCAAAUUUAUUGUGCAUAGCCGUUACAACAAGCCGCAAUUCCACAACGACAUCGCUCUUAUAAAGUUGACCGAUAAAAUUCAGUUCUCGGACGAUAUCAAGGUGAUCGGUUAUUCCGAAAAGGUAGUUCCCGUGAAUUCAACCCUCGUUCUUACUGGAUGGGGAAGAACUUCUACUAAUGGACCGAUUCCGACCAAACUGCAAACCAUCGAACUGAAUUACGUUCCCUAUGAAGAGUGUCGAAAGUUGCAUGGGGACAGUGAGGAUGUCGAUAUCGGGCACAUUUGCACGCUCAAUAAGGUUGGAGAAGGUGCUUGCAAUGGUGAUUCCGGUGGUCCGCUGACUUACAAUGGUAAAUUGGUAGGAGUCGUGAACUUUGGUGUACCGUGUGCGAGAGGAUAUCCGGAUGCCUAUGCUCGAGUUUCUUACUAUCAUGAUUGGAUCCGAACUAACAUCAAAAAUAAUUCCUGAAUAAAAAAAAAAUAAAAAGAUUGUGCUAG